AGUUAAUAUUCACUAGCAGCCUCCCCAGACCCCUCUCCAUCCCCUGCUUAAAUACACCUGAGGACAGGGCUGUGUUCCUCAGCCUCUGUCUCCGACACCCCUGGCACAGUGAGCCGACAAUGCCGUCCUUUUUCUCCUGGGGCUUCCUGCUGCUGGCCAGCCUGUGCUGCUUGUUCCCCGGCUGCCUGGCUGAAGAUGUUCAGAAGACUGCUGCUUCCCAGCAGGACCAGGAACACCCAGCCUUUCACAGGAUUGCCUUGAAGUUGGACAUAUUUGCCUUCUGCCUGUACUGGAAUCUGUUCGAGCAACCCAACGUAACAGAUUUCUUCUUCUCUCCUGUGAACAUCGCCGCGGCCUUGGCCAUGCUCUCCCUGGGCACCAAGGAUGCCACCCACUCUGAGAUCCUGAGGGGCCUGGGCUUCAACAUCACAGAGAUGCCAGAGGCAGACAUCCAUGCGGACUUCCAGAGCCUCCUCCACACCCUCAACAGGCCCAGCAACCAGCUCAAGCUGACCACGGGCAGUGGCUUGUUUUUCCAUGAGAGCCUGAAGCUCCUGGAGCCAUUUUUGAUGGAUGUGAAGAACCUGUACCAGUCAGAGGCCUUCACCGUUGACUUCACUGACCCUGAAGAAGCCAAGAAGCAGAUCAACAAAUACGUGGAGAAGGGAACACAGGGGAAAAUUGUGGAUCUGGUGAAAGACCUGGACAAAGACACCGUGCUUGCCCUGGUGAAUUACAUUCUCUUUAAAGGCAAGUGGGAGAAACCUUUCAACCCAGAGCAAACCAGCGAGGGGGACUUCCAUGUGGAUGAGGCCACCGUGGUGAAGGUGCCCAUGAUGCACCGGAUGGGCAUGUUCCGAGUCCAUUACUGCAGCAAGCUGUCCAGCUGGGUCCUACUGAUGGGCUACCAGGGCAAUGCCACCGCCAUCUUCUUCCUGCCAGACCAGGGCAAAAUGUCACACCUGGAGGCCACACUCAACACAAGCAUCAUUAGCAAGUUCCUGCGCAAAACUGACAUAAGGUCUGCAGAUAUAUACUUCCCCAAACUGUCCAUCUCUGGAACCUAUGACCUGGAGCCAGUCCUGAGCGCGCUGGGCAUCUCCACGGUCUUCAGCAACGGUGCUGACCUUUCCAAGGUCACCACGGAUGCCCCACUGAAGGUCUCCAAGGCUGUGCACAAGGCUGUGCUGACCCUGGAUGAGAAAGGAACCGAGGCUGCAGGGGCCACCGUUUUGGAAGCCAUUCCCAUGUCUCUUCCCCCUGAGGUGAUAUUUAACCACCCAUUCCUUGCCCUAUUCAUUGAUAUAGGUACUGAGAGUCCCCUCUUCGUGGGCAAAGUGGUGAACCCCACACAGCAGUGACCUCUCUGGGCAGGUCCCUUCCUUGAUGGCAUUAAACACAGGCCAAGCUGGCCCAUUCAGC